AUGAAGCUCUCGAUCAUCUUCUCAGCCUCCUUCCUCGCCGCGCUCGCAGUCGCCGCCCCAGCACCCGCCAGAGCCGGCACGGCCAAUAUCCCCGCGAAGAGACAAGAGGGCGUCUGUCCCCCCGGCACGGUGUGGGAGUAUCCCGAUGGGGAUGAUGAGGUCGGUGGCUGCGUGGUAGACCAUUCGGCGGCGAAACGACAAUCCAGCCCUUGUCCUGCCGGGCAGCAUUAUGAUUUCAUCGAGGGGGUAAAGCGCUCCCUCCCCUUCGCCAGUUGA